AUGCAGCAGCAGCAUCAGCCGGCGGUACCUCGACCCAUCCAUCGUCGCAUUUAUAUACCUCGUGACCACAUCGCAGCACACCAUCGGUUGUACGCGGACUACUUUGCUCCACAGCCGCGGUUUGGAGACAACUUAUUCCGCCGACGUUUCAGUAUGCGUCGUGAACUGUUUCUUUGUAUCGUUGGUGCUUUAGAGCGUCGACACUUAUAUUUCAGGAUGAGAGAGGAUGCGGAUGGUAGACCGGGCCACGCCAUUCAGAAGUGCACUGCAGCGAUCAGGCAGCUGGCUUACGGAGGUACGACCGACAUGUUCGACGAGUACCUCCACAUCGGCGAGACGAAUGCCCGCGAAUGUAUGGAGUUUUUUUGUCAAGGCAUUAGGGAGAUAUUCGGGGAUACCUAUCUUCGGAAGCCUACCCCCCAAAACUGCCAGGAUCUGAUGGCUAUGCACGGGAGCCAGCACGGGUUUCCGGGAAUGUUGGGCAGCAUAGACUGUAUGCAUUGGGAAUGGAAGAACUGUCCCUCCGCCUGGAAAGGGUUGUUCACAACCGGUUUCAAGAGCAAACAUCCCACGAUAGUCCUUGAGGCGGUAGCUGACUACCGGCUGUGGAUUUGA